AUGGAAGGUUCAUUAGAAGUAAUUGGAGAAGGAAAUAAGAUGAUUGUACUACGAACAAAUGAUGAAGAAAAGGGGGAAAAUGUAAUAAAUGUAACAAAUAAUGGCAGUAUAUAUAUAGUAAGUAGGCUAUUGGGUAUUACUACUAUUUAUUCAGGCCUGUUAUAUAAUGGCAAUUUUGUUUUGUACACGUGUUGUGAUUUACUUAAGCACAUACAUUUUUAUAGCUAUAUUUUUUUAAAAUAUUCAGUUAUAAAAAUAAUGAAAGAAAAUGAAGCAAAAAAUUUAAAUAUAAUUUUGCAGUAUUAUUGGGUUAAGAAAUUAUGUCAUGAGAAGAUUCAAAUUUUUGAAGAUAAUUUAUUAGCUAACAAUAAUUUUGUCGUUUUCAAUUCUUAUUUUACAAAUUUCAUAAAAAGUACAUUUUAUAAAUACCAUAAUCCAUGGAAGGUGAACGAAUAUAUUAACAAAAUGAAAACAUAUAUAAUACAUAAUAUAGACAUAUUUUUAACCUAUUUUUUGCAUAAUUGGGAAAAAAUAGCACAAGAUUUAUAUGAUGACAUAAAAGUAUUUGUUAAGUAUAUGAGUAAGAAAAAAAAUAUAGUUUAUAUUAAGAAAUAUAUAGUUACAUAUGUAAAAAAUAUAAACGUUCAUGAAAUAAUUCGGAAUAUUAUAAUUUAUUUUAAUCAGUAUAUACAUAUUCUUAAGGACAAAAAAAAAAAAAAAAAAAAGAUUUCUACAAACAAGUAUUUAUUUGAAUCGUUUUAUAAUAAUUAUAAUUUUACGUAUCGUAAUAAUUCAAAAAAAAAUAAUAUUGGCUAUGUGGAAGAAAAUUUAUUUUUCAUUCCUCUGUACUUGUGUAGAGAUCUCGAAAAGUGUGAAGGUGGUCCAUUGAGCGAGUUAAAAGGGGAGGGAAAAGAGGAGAGAAAAGAUGAUGGACAGAAUGAUGCACAGAAUGAUGCACAAAAUGAUGCACAGAAUGAUGCACAAAAUGUUGCACAAAAUGUUGGACAAAAUGAUGCACAGAAUGAUGGACAAAAUGAGGACGAGCAAAGUGGCAAUACACCAUUUUGCACACCCGCCAAUUCGUGUAUUUUGGAAGAAACAAAUUCAAAUAAAACGAAUGAGCUUCCAAACAUAUGGAGCGAUAAUCUUCCUUCAAAUUGCACUAUUGGUGAAAAAAAGAAAAAAGAAUUUUCUUACAAAUACAUAAGUGUUGAGAUAAAAUUAAAAUGUGGUAUGGCAGAUUAUUGUAACAUGUUUGAUAGGUAUAAUAUGCAACAGCUUAUAAAAUUAAAAAAUAAAAGUAGUAAAUAUUUGUCCUUAUAUGUACCAAGUACCUUUUUUCAUAUGCAUUAUUGGGAUGUUUUUACAAAUUUAAAUUAUAUUUUUUUAUUUAAAAGUAACAAUAUUAACUUGUAUAUAAAUAAUAAAAGAUAUAUAAACACGUCUCUUCACACGUUUAAUCAUUUUAGUAAUUUUUUUUACGACUACGCUUUUCAUGUGCCAAAAAAUGAUACUCUUAUCUCGUAUUUCAAUUAUUUAAAUGAGCAAAAAGGGAAUAAAGGAAUAGGAAUAGGAGGAUUAGGAGGAGAGAGGUACCCAUAUUCUGAGGAUGACGAUUAUGUCCACAUUACGGUCAAAGAAAAAGACAAUAUGAAGAAUAUUGCUUGUUCAGGCAAAAUGAACAUUUUGAAAAAAAAAAACCUGAACAAGCAAGGUAGAAUAAAAAAUUACAUACAUGUUCAUAAUAAAAAAACCGAUUUAAUUAUGAAUAAUUACACAUUUUUAUUGAACAAAAUGCAAAUGGAAAAAAUGUGGAAAACAACAUGGAAUAAAACUUGGAAAGGUAGGAACAAUUUUUACAAUAUAAUAGACUAUUGUCAGAAGAAUUAUAUUCUUCCAGAGCAUAUAAAUUACGCGUACAGGAAUUAUAUAUUUAGUAAUUAUUUUUAUUUUAAGUACAUUAUAUUCGGUUCGUACUAUGACAUCAGAGAUAUAUUUCUCUCUUUAAGAAGAGGAGAUUAUCGAAAUUCUUUGAGGAAGAUAGUCUCCUUUUUUGAUUUAUAUAAAGCUAUGUACUAUACGAAUAUAAAAUGUUUUUGUAGAAAUACAGUUUAUUCACUUAAAAGGCGGUACUCAGUAAUUUCUGAGAAUAAUUUAUUAACUGAAAAAAUAAAUUGCACAUCAAGGAAGAAGGGAAAUGUUUUACAUAAACAAAACAACUUGGUCAACUUCAAAUAUUACAGAAGGUAUUAUAACAACGUACGAGGGUGUUAUUUUGAAAAUUUUUUCCCAUUUUAUAUGAAAUAUGGAUAUUAUAUUAACAUGAACAGGAGAAAAAGAGUUACCUAUUUUAAUAUGUACAAUAAUGUUAACACAAAACUGCUUAAUGAGAAGCUUGUAAGAGUGAAGAAGCAGUAUAAUGAAAUGUGUUACGUGUACAAAAAUGUAAAGACGAAAUUGAAAAAUGAAUAUCUUACAAUUAUGAAAAAUCAGUUUGAGAUGAAAAGCAAAUUAUGUAAAAAUUGGCUAGUAAAAAUAAAAAACGAAUUAUUAUAUUUAUAUGACAGAAAAUUGAAGACUAAUUUUUACUACAAUUUUUUUAUAACGAAUAAAUUAAAUUUAGUGGUGAAGGCCUAUUUUCAGGUAUGUAACUAUUAUUUAAGGGGUAUUCUUAAUGAAGUAAAAGUUAUAUAUAGGGAAAAAGGCUAUGAGGAGCAGGUCAACAAGAACGUACGUUUAGUGUACUCGAUGGUACUUGACUUUUUAAGGGGCAAAUUCUACACUACUGGAAAAAGGAGCGGUACAUGCAGUAGAUAUUGUAGUGUUGGCAGUGGUAGCACUAGUAUGUGUUACCAUAAUUAUUACAUAAACAGCCUCCAUCAUAACAGAGGAAAGUGGGAGAAUGUCGAAUUAGUAGAAAAUAUUUUAUGGAACGUUAGAAGAAGAUCAGCGCAAAUGAAUCCAUUUGAAGGAAAUGAAAAUAACGAAAAUUUAGUUUUGUUGUCAAGUAUAAUAAGAAGAGAAAAAUACGUAUUCUACAAAGUGCUAUAUUUUCAGUGUUUUAGUGCAGGACAAAUUCAAAUUGUUUAUUGUAUGAUGGAGCUUAUUAAAAUAUUUGAGAAAAUAUUUUUUUUAAAAAAAAGUGAAGAUAUUUUUUCAAAUUUUAAAUAUUACAACACAAGCUUGAAAAGCUUUUUUUGUGCUAACAAAAAUGAGUAUUUUAGAAGAAACAAAUACCUAGCACAACUUGUCGAUACGAAAAGAAUUAAACGUUUAUCAGAUUAUAUUUUUUUAUCAAAUAAUAUUUUUUGUGACAAAAAAAAUAUGAACAAGGAAGGAAAAAAGUUCAAAUACAAAAGGAAUAAUAAUAUAAAAUAUUCUUCAUUUAUUUAUUUACAAAAUGUUCAUUUCCUAUUAGGCAAUGAGCUAUUAAUUGAUGCAUUAAAAAUUAUUAACAAGUUUACAGACGAUUACUUUAGCUAUCUAAUAACUGAAAUGAAAUCAAACACAAGGAAAUUAUAUCAUAUUUUAUAUGAUGAGGGUAUUAACAAUUUCAGGGAGAAGUAUACUUGUAGUUCAUACAAAUCUAGUAUGAAAAAAAAAAAAAAUAGAAAGAAAAAAAUGAAAGAAAUUUUAAGCAAAAACACUUUAAUAACAACUCAUCAUUUCCAUUACUUAACUAGCCAAGAAUUUAAGGAUCAUGUUAAUGCCGAUAGCAUUACAUUUCAGAAGAAGAAAAAUAUACAUACAAAAGCUUUGCAAAUUUAUAAGAACAUGAUUUAUUUUGUUUGCCGCUUUUUAAUAAGCAAAACGUUUUGUGAUAACAGUACAAUUUUUAACAUUUAUUCGAGAGAGGAUAAUACGUAUGAUGGUGCAGAUACUGUUGAACUGUUUAGAAAAAAUCGAUUCAAAAUGUUAACCAUCAGAAGGAGGAAGGGGAAGCAAAAGAACAAAUCUGCUCCUGUUAUUGCUUCUGAUGCCGUGCCUACCGCCGCUUCUGUCUAUUUGGGGGCUAAUUUCCCAAAGGAGGGUAUCUCGACAGGCAUUAAUCGAAUCACUCAGAAGGGGAGGGUGCACAUAAAUGACUGUGCUAUAUCCUUUUCAAAGAGAUAUAUUUCAAGAAUUAAGUUUUUGUCUUAUUCCUAUCCUUCUCGAGCUGUAAACUUGAAGAAAAGAAAAGUGAAAUGCACUAAAAAAUUGAAUAAACAGUUAAAAAGAAUGAUGAUAAAUACCUAUAUUCCACAGACGAAUAAGAAAGUCUUUUAUCGUAUAAGCAUCAUUGACAUAUCUAUGAAAUCGCUUAAAAAGAUGGACUACUGGGAGAAGCAAAUGAACGAUAUCAUAUCAGUAUAUGGCAGAUUUUUCUCAAAAUGA